GUUGGAUGAUGACUAACCUCUCUCUCUCUCUCUCUCUCUCUAUUCCUUCCUUCCUUCCUUCCUUCCUUUUCUCCGCAGGCGUCCGGUCGCUCCACCUAGGAGGGGGUCCUCGUUCAAAUGGUCGAGGCUGCAGGACGAGCCGCUGUACCAGACGUACCGCGCCACCGUCAUCACCAAGGAGAUCAAGCGCCAGACAGUCGGCCGCAACAUCAGCAAGGCCAGCGCCGACUACACCCCAUGGACUGGUUCUCCCGCCGCCUCGCCAUAGCCCCCGCCGCCGUGACCCCGGGCCCCCCCGCCGUCUCCUCCCCCCUCUCCUCCGCCGCCGCCGCCCGCCAGCAACGGGGUCUCCCGGCUCGGCCCCGGGCCCCCCAUGCCGGGGGGCAGCACGCUGUGGCAGGACCUCCCCGCGGUGCGGGACAGUGGCGUGCUGGAGAACAUCAGCCCUGAGGACUGCAAGUACCAAGAGAGCAUGUUCGAGGUGCUGACGUCGGAGGCCUCCUACCUGCGCUCCCUCCGCGUGCUGACCAACCACUUCCAUGAGAGCCGGGACCUGGAGGAGGCCAUGAUCAUCAGGGACAGGAAGACCCUCUUCUCCAACGUCCUGAGGGUCCGGGAGGUCAGCGAGAGGUUCCUGAAGGACCUGGAGGAUCGCAUGGAGCAGAACCUGGUCUUCACGGACAUCUGCGACAUCAUCCACUACCACGCCCAGCACAACUUCCCCGUGUACAUAGACUACGUCCGCAACCAGAUCUACCAGGAGAAGACCUACACCACCCUGAUGAAGAGCAAUGCCCAGUUCGCCGAGGUCAUCUCCCGGCUGCAGGAGUCGCCGCUGUGCCAACGGCUGCCCUUCAUGUCCUUCCUGCUGCUGCCCUUCCAGCGAAUCACGCGCAUCAAGAUGCUCAUCGAGAACAUCCUCAAGAGGACAAAGGAGCAGACGAAGGAGGAACAGACGGCCUCCAAGGCACUGGAUUCCGUGUCCAAGAUCAUCGAGGAGUGCAACACAGAGGUUGGGAAGAUGAAGCAAGUGGAGGAGCUCAUUGCUCUCUCUAAAAUGCUGGAGUUUGACAAACUCAAGGCCCUGCCCAUCAUCUCCCAGAACCGGAGCCUGGAGAAGAAGGGGGAGCUGGGGGAGAUGUCCAAGGGGGCGACCAUCUUCAACAUGCGGGCCAAGUUCAGCCCGGUCCACCUCUUCCUCUUCAACGACCUCCUCAUCCUCGCCUCCAAGAAAGGCCCGGAGCGCUUCGUGGUGCUGGACUACGCCCACCGCUCCCUGGUGCAGGUGGAGCCGGUGGUGGAGGGGCCCACCGGGCCGGCCCUCUACGAGAACUGCUUCACCCUCACGCUGCUGGAGAACCACCAGGGCCGACUGAUGGAGCGCCUGCUCAAAGCCCCCUCGCAGUCCGACUUGCACCGGUGGGUCGUGGCCUUCCCCAACCCCAGUAACCCGGAGCGAGAUGUGGAGGAGGUCAUCUACGAGGAUUGGGACUGCCCCCAGGUGCAGUGCGUGGAGCAGUACGUUGCCGGGCAGACUGACGAGCUCUCCCUGGAGCCCACUGAGAUAAUCAACGUCUUGCGCAAGACCAACGAAGGCUGGUACGAGGGGAGCCGCCUGUCCGACGGCCAGAAGGGCUGGUUCCCCGUGAGCAGCGUGGCGGAGAUCACCAACGAGCACGUGAGGCGCCGCAACCUCCGCGAGCGCUACCGCGUCAUGCAGGCCGCCAGCCAGGUGGCCAACCUGGCGGCGGCCCAGGGCAAGGCCAAGACGGGCCCCUAGGGGGAGGGGCAGGGGGCCCCGCGCCAAGACCCAGACGGCCCUCUGGAGGCGGGGACAGGGAGGGGGGCCCCCCGACGACGCAGCCUCGGAGACGAAUGUUUACACAGAACGCGAGGCGCGGAAUGUUCUACGAGGAACGUCGCACUCGGCUAAAGCGACGGGACGACUCGUGCCACACCCUCUCUGGGACGAAGAUGGCGGUUGGCCAAAUGGCCAAUUGGGAGGGAUUGGUUUUUUUGUCCCGGAGCCCGGAGAUGAGAUUUGAGAAGGUGUUCAGGAGAUGCUGGUGAGAUUAACGUGUGUGACAGGGGCUCUGGUUCUUAGGGAGCUUUGGGACACACGAUGCAUUUGGAGGAUGACACUAUACCUUUUGGUUCGCCUCACUGCUCCUCUGGAAGCGGUUUCCUUACGUUAACUGAUUCACUCACUCAUUGAGAAGAGGCCUGCCUUGGUUAGUGUUUUUGCCUGUGAAUGUAUUAACGGAGCGCUGCCCUGUGAAAACAUGACGAACCUGGAAUCCUUUGCCGUACCGGACCAAUCACAUUGUCUGCAUACGUGGAGAUAUGAGCCACUGCUUCCAAGAUGGCGGCCCUUUCGUCUUGUGUUUGACCUGGGGAAACACUGCAUGCUACAGUCAACAUGCAAUGCACAUACCCUGGUCAUUCCUGCCAUACCAGGGAACAAUGGCGUGGUCCACCCUGUCUACGUGAUGGAUGGUUAUGCCUGCACAGCGGUUGAAAGAUUCUUUAACAUUCUAUGCUAUUUCCUCGGGGGUUUUAAGUUAAUAUUUACAAAUCAAAGUUGAGGUACCUGCUAUUUCUGGUAUGUGGGGAGUGUUGAAUGAUGCUGCAUGCGAGUUUAAGUAUUUCUUUAUGUCAAUCCAAUCAUGCAAUACACAACCAAUAUCAAUUUUGAAAGCACAAUCUUUUAAAAUAGUUGUAAAUAUGUGUUUUUAGUAAGGCUUAUUUUACGUUUUUGUUGAACUCUUGAGUUUCACUCUACCUGCUGAUUGUAGUCCUCUCUUUGUUGGGUAGUGUCGCCCCCUGGUGCUUGUUGUUAAUAUGAAGACCGGGAUUCUCGUGAUACGCUGUACAUUUACUGUAAAUACAAUUGUGUGAGGGUUCUUCUCUCCUUCAAAAUUGUAGUAAUGCUCUUAAUAAAAAACAGCUGUCUUUUUCACUGA